UUUGAAUUUCGCUCCAAAAUAUGGUGGAGUGCAAAUGUUCAGAAGGCUUGAAAACGGCGCGUGAUUGGUCCAAGAGGCGCAUGUCAAUAAUAAAUGUGCUAGUUUUCUAAUUUUCUCAACUGCGCACAGUCACACGUGGUCGCGUGGUGAUCAGUGCACCGAUGUUCUUACUACAAUGAGGAAGAGAGGAAGCAAAGGAGUAAGCGUGGAUAUAUAACGGCAUAACGGUGUUUUUGAUGCGAGAAAGAGACACAAGUGCGUGCAUACUGAAAUCUAGUCAGUUUCAGUACUUUCAGUACCAGUACGUCGUCGACUGGUAGAGACCAUCUUUGGAUCUCUCGUGAUUGUUAUCAACGAUUGUCGCCUGUCUACCCUUCCUUCUGUGAACUCCUGCAAUAUUGGCAAUGAUAAUGGACAGAACGCGGCUCACGUACGUGUCUGCGGCCGUGGUCGGCGCCGGAACCGUGGUCGUCUUCCUUUGGUGGUGGUGGUGGUCGAAGAGGCAGAAGGAGAAGCCACCCUCGCGAUGGCGGAAGGUCGGCGAGUUGAGCGACCUGGUCGUGUAUCCGGUCAAAUCGCUUGGCCCGGUUCGAAUGAACACGAUGGAGUGCACGAAGCUCGGCCUGAAAUCUGGCUGGCUGAGGGAUCGCACGCUGAUGGUGAUCGACUUGAACGGGCACUUCGUCACUGGCAGGCAGAAUCCAAAAAUGGUGCAGGUGAUACCUAAAGUUUCCGGAACGAUUCUCACGCUCUCGGCGCCUGGAAUGAUAUCCUUGUCCAUCGAUUUGUCUCGAAUCCAAGGGAAAGGGUUUCGCGUAGCAGUUUGGGGCCAACCGGUGUUCACCCGUGAUUGCGGCGAGGAGGCCGCCAGAUGGUUGUCCCGAUUUCUUCUCCAGGAAGAUACCGGAUUCAGAUUGGUGUAUUAUCCAUUGGAUUAUCCAACGAGAGAGAUCAGGAAGAGCAACAGGCAGUGGUUGCUGACGCCGGACGACACUGGCGCGUAUCCAGAUGCUACCAGCUACUGCUUGAUAAACGAAGCGUCGGUGACCGACCUGAACACCCGAUUGGAGAAGCCAGUCAACCCUGAACAAUUUCGUCCCAAUUUCGUGAUCAAAGGUGCGUCCGCUUACGAAGAGGAUACCUGGGGCUGGGUGAAGAUCGGCGACGUGAUCUUCAAAACCGUCAUGCCAUGCACCAGAUGUAUCUUUACCACUGUGGAUCCGGAGACGGGAACGAAGAAUCCAAAAGCGGAGCCGUUGAAAACUCUGAAAAGUUACAGACAAAUAAUGGAUCCAAUUAUCCGCCCGUUGGUCGGCGAGAGUCCCGUACUGGGAAUUCACCUUGGACUGAGGAAUUCUGAUGGCAUCGUGCGAGUAGGGGAUCCAGUUUACGUCGGUUUGCCCGAGGAGCAACCGCUGUUGAUAUCGCCACCCUAGCUACACCGGUGGGCUUCCUGCGAGGACGAAAUUUUCGUCCUCGAGGAAGCCACAGAAUCUACGAAGGAGGAUACUUUGUCGACCGAAUUGACGAGCAGCGAGGAUUCGUAGCGUUGUGAAAAGAAAAAAUGAAAAAAAAGGAAAAAAGAGAGGAAGAGGAUUAUUAAAGUGGGCCUACGAGGACAAUCGUUCGUGAGAAGGAAAAUUUUGAUUGAAGAAUAAUAUAAACGCGAUAAUGGCGUGGUAUUCAAUGAUACUACGAUAUUUUCAGGAUAGUUAUAUUUGCCAAAUAUUCCGCUUUGAUGAAGCGUUUAUCAAAGACGCAUAAAGACGUUUGAUAAAGUUUUCGAAUAUUUUUGCUAAGUUUUACUUUUAACCAAUCGAAUCGUGAAUCAAAUACCGAUGAAAUAUAAUGGUGUCGAUAUUCAUUUAUAUUUGUAUUCGAUUAUAUAAUAGGAAUAAGGAGGAAAAAAAAUGGCAGGAGAAUUCUGAAAUUGAAUGUAGGAAAGGAGGAAAGAAUAUUUGAAUUUUACGACAAUUUGUAUUUAUUUAUUUACACUACAAAAUAACAGAGACGAUUUACAAUAAAAGGAAUAGCACGUUCAAUUUCGAGGAUAGACACACAUUUUAUGCAUCGUUCGAGGAUGACCAUUUUUUCUUUUGUCUCGCCUAAUAUUCUCCAAGAUGAAAGAUAUCUAUAUAUCGUUCUAUCUCGUGCGCGACAAUUAAACGGUCGAACGAAUUUCAAGCUAAUAAUAAUUCUGUACAACAGCGAGAAUCUGUUUAGUUUAGUUUAGAGAUGGUAACCGCAAUCACCGCAGCGGGUUGGCAGCCCUUAUUAUUAUACGUGUACAUCGAUAUCGGGAGGAAAGAAACAAUGAUUGGCACAGUUGUAAGAAUACCAAGAACAGCUAUAUACAUUUCAAUACCAACGCGAGACUUUUACCUCGAAUUUGCGUCGAUUCUUUUUCGAAUAUUAUCGAUCGAUCUUCAGAUUUCAGAAGUAUUGCGCCAAAAAAAUUACAAAAAUCGUAUUGAAUUUUAUUUGAAUUUAAAGAGAAAAAA